AUGGCUUGCCUUGGGCUCCGGAGGCACCAGGUUCAGCUGCAGAUGCUUCCCAAGACCUGGCCCUGUUCUGCCCUCUUUUCUCUUCUCUUCAUGCCUGUGUUCUGUAAAGCGAUGCACGUGGUCCAGCCUGCUGUGGUUCUGGCCAGCAGCCGGGGCGUCGCCAGCUUUGAGUGUGAGUAUGCCUCUGUGCAUAAUGCCAGUGAGGUCCGGGUGACGGUGCUGCGGCAGAUGGCGAGCCAGACCUCUGAAUUCUGUGCCGCGACCUACACAGUGGAGAGGCAGCUGGCCUUCCCCGAGGACUCGGCCUGCGCUGGCACCUCCAAUGGGAGCAAAGUGAACCUCACCAUCCAAGGCCUACGUGCUGUGAACACUGGGCUCUACAUCUGCAAGGUGGAGCUCAUGUACCCACCGCCAUACUUGGUGGGUACGGGCAACGGGACCCAGAUUUAUAUCAUAGAUCCAGAACCAUGCCCAGAUUCUGACUUCCUCCUUUGGGUCCUUGCAGCAGUCAGUUCAGGGCUGUUUUUUUACAGCUUCCUCAUCACAGCUGUUUCUUUGAGCAAAAUGCUGAAGAAGAGAAGCCCUCUUACAACAGGGGUCUAUGUGAAAAUGCCCCCCACAGAGCCGGAAUGUGAAAAGCAAUUCCAGCCUUAUUUUAUUCCUAUCAAUUGA